AUGAAUUGCGAGAUGGAAAGUUUGGAAAGUUUGAAUUUGCUUGGGAACAAAUUACUUGAGGUGCAAGUUGGAGAAAAUUUGCCAAAUAUUUCACAUUUAAACAUUUCGAAUAAUUUUAAUUUGAGUGAUACUUCCUUUUUGAAAUCCUUUCCAAAAUUGACAAAUUUGGAAGCGAAUAGAAAUUUAGGAUUUGAGAAUUUGAAUGAAACUCUAAAUUCCAUGACCUGUUUGAAAUCUCUCAGUAUAACUCAGUGUUUAAAAUGGAGAGGUUCACUUGGUCAACCAAUUUUAAAGAAUCUUGAAUUUUUGGAUAUUACAGAUUGUGGAUUUUCAAUCAAGGUUAUGUUUAAUAAUGGAAUUGAUACCUUUUCAAAUAUUACUCGCUUGAAUAUGGAUAAUUAUUUGUGUAUCACUGAUUGUGAAUUUAUUGGAAAUGGACUAGCUCUGAGAAAUUUGAAACAUUUAUCAAUUAAUAGAUGCAAAUCGUGGUGGGAUUUUGAAAAGAUGCUACUUGGUCCUAAUAUGUCAAAUUUGGAAACUCUCUCACUCGAAUCAUGCCAUAUUGGAAUUCAAGGAUGUAAAUUAAUUGCUCAAAGUUCAACUCUGACUCGAUUGACCAAACUCAAUCUUUCCAAUAAUUUAAUUAAGGAUGAAGGAUGUGCAAUUCUAUGCCAAUCUUCAAAUCUUCAACAUUUAAUUUCCUUGGAUAUUAGUUGGAAUGAAUUGACCACUUGUUCACAUUUGGCAAAUAAUCAAUAUUUUGUAAAUUUAAUUGAAUUGAAAUUUGAAAAUCGAGUGAGUGGAGAUAAUGAUCCAAUGAAUGAUAAACAUCUUCUUGAAACAUCACCCCAUCUUUCUAAAUUGAAAAAUUACAAACAAUAA